GCACUAGUAGGGUCUGCAGCGUAUCCCGAGGAUCAUUCCGACUUUCCCGCCCCGUACGUGAGGGGCCGCCUUGAAGCCUCUUCCGCCACGGACACUCGAAACUGAUCUUGAAGCCCCUGCCGUCACGGAUACUAGAAACUGAUCUCGAAGCCCCUUCCGCCACGGACACUCGAAACUCUCCCCUACUGUUAGACCUCAGCAGCCAGCAGCCCGCCGCCCGGCGCUGCAGCUCCCUGCCCGCAGGAGCCACGUCUCGCGCGACUCCCCCCACCUCUCGCGACACUUGCCGCCCGUGCCCUGCGGCCCUGCAAGCCCCACCCGCGGUCGCGCGCCGCGCUCCCCGCCGCCUCAGCUUUUCGCUCGGCAUCCGUGCCCGCUACUCGCCCACUGGGAGCGCCGUGGCGCCUGGUGUUCGGCGCGAGCCCGGCGGGGCUGCAGGUUCCGCCCUGCUCCUCCGCGCCCCGCCCGGGCUGGGGUAAAGGCCGCGGCCGGGCCAUGCAGUGUCCUCCUCAGGGAGGGCAGGAGAGCCUGAGGAGUGGCGGGGCCGCCAGAGAGCGAAAUGUCAUCAGUGCAGUCACAACAGGAGCAGUUGUCCCAGUCAGAUCCAUCUCCGUCACCAAACUCAUGUAGUUCCUUUGAGCUAAUAGACAUGGAUGCUGGCAGCUUGUAUGAACCAGUUUCUCCCCAUUGGUUUUAUUGUAAGAUAAUAGAUUCUAAGGAGACAUGGAUUCCUUUCAACUCUGAGGAUUCACAGCAGCUGGAAGAGGCAUAUAGCUCUGGAAAAGGUUGUAAUGGGAGAGUUGUUCCUACUGAUGGGGGCAGAUAUGAUGUUCAUUUGGGGGAGAGGAUGCGGUAUGCUGUAUACUGGGAUGAACUGGCAUCAGAAGUGAGACGAUGUACGUGGUUUUACAAGGGGGACAAAGACAAUAAGUAUGUUCCCUACUCGGAGAGCUUCAGCCAAGUUUUAGAGGAAACUUACAUGCUUGCUGUAACUUUGGAUGAAUGGAAAAAGAAACUGGAAUCUCCCAACAGAGAAAUUAUUAUUUUACACAAUCCAAAGCUUAUGGUGCAUUACCAGCCAGUUGCAGGGUCUGAUGAUUGGGGUUCAACACCCACGGAGCAGGGUCGACCAAGAACUGUGAAGAGAGGAGUUGAGAACAUCUCUGUUGACAUUCAUUGUGGAGAACCUUUACAAAUAGAUCACUUGGUUUUUGUAGUCCAUGGGAUUGGACCAGCUUGUGAUCUCCGCUUUCGAAGCAUUGUACAGUGUGUUAAUGAUUUUCGCAGUGUUUCCUUGAACUUGCUACAGACACAUUUUAAGAAAGCCCAAGAAAAUCAGCAGAUUGGGAGGGUAGAAUUUCUUCCAGUCAACUGGCACAGUCCUUUGCAUUCUACUGGUGUGGAUGUAGAUCUGCAGCGAAUAACCCUGCCCAGCAUUAACCGCCUCAGGCACUUCACCAAUGACACAAUUCUGGAUGUCUUCUUCUACAAUAGUCCCACCUACUGUCAGACUAUUGUGGACACAGUUGCUUCUGAAAUGAACCGAAUAUACACACUUUUUCUACAGAGGAACCCUGAUUUCAAAGGGGGUGUAUCCAUUGCUGGUCAUAGUUUAGGUUCGCUUAUAUUGUUUGAUAUCCUAACAAAUCAGAAAGAUUCUUUGGGGGAUAUUGACAGUGAAAAGGAUUCGCUAAAUAUUGUAAUGGAUCAAGGAGAUACACCUACACUAGAGGAAGAUUUGAAGAAACUUCAGCUCUCUGAAUUCUUUGAUAUCUUUGAGAAGGAGAAAGUAGAUAAGGAAGCUCUGGCUUUAUGUACAGACCGAGAUCUUCAGGAAAUAGGAAUUCCUUUAGGACCAAGAAAGAAGAUAUUAAACUAUUUCAGCACCAGAAAAAACUCAAUGGGUAUUAAGAGACCAGCCCCGCAGCCUGCUUCAGGGGCAAACAUCCCCAAAGAAUCUGAGUUCUGCAGUAGCAGUAAUACUAGAAAUGGUGACUAUCUGGAUGUUGGCAUUGGGCAGGUGUCUGUGAAAUACCCCCGGCUCAUCUAUAAACCAGAGAUAUUCUUUGCCUUUGGAUCUCCCAUUGGAAUGUUCCUUACUGUCCGAGGACUAAAAAGAAUUGAUCCCAACUACAGAUUUCCAACGUGCAAAGGUUUCUUCAAUAUUUAUCACCCUUUUGAUCCUGUGGCCUAUAGGAUUGAACCAAUGGUGGUCCCAGGAGUGGAAUUUGAGCCAAUGCUGAUCCCACAUCAUAAAGGCAGGAAGCGGAUGCACUUAGAACUGAGAGAGGGCUUGACCAGGAUGAGUAUGGACCUUAAGAACAACUUGCUAGGUUCGCUGCGGAUGGCCUGGAAGUCUUUUACCAGAGCUCCAUACCCUGCCUUACAAGCUUCAGAAACACCAGAAGAAACUGAAGCAGAACCUGAAUCAACUUCAGAGAAGCCUAGUGAUGUUAACACAGAAGAGACCUCUGUGGCAGUUAAAGAAGUCCUGCCUAUCAAUGUGGGGAUGCUGAAUGGAGGCCAACGCAUUGACUAUGUGCUACAGGAGAAGCCUAUUGAAAGUUUUAAUGAGUAUUUAUUUGCUUUACAAAGCCAUCUAUGCUACUGGGAGUCUGAAGAUACAGUAUUGCUGGUCCUCAAAGAGAUCUACCAAACCCAGGGUAUCUUCCUUGAUCAGCCUUUACAGUAAAAAUGACCCAUCUAUGGCUGCUUAAUUUGUGACUGCAGCUCUUCUCCCACUUUCCUCCCUAGACGGACAUUGAGGGAUCCUUCCCCAGAAAAUCCACCUGUUUGUUGCUGCAAUUUUCCUCUCCUCAGCUGCGUCAUUUCCUGCAUGUUGCCUGCCACUUACUCACCACUGGGGUCUUUGGAAGAUAAUCUUCCUCUUUGGAAAUGAAUGGAAAAGCAAAAGGCCCUAUUACUUUUAACCACUGGCUUCAUAUAAACACUUGCCAUUUUUUCUGCCUAGCUGGGGGUGGUUUGUAUCUUUAAUUCUUUGAUGAUAGUUUAUAGUUGCCACACUUUAUUGAUUAGUACUUGACAGGGUGUAAAGCCUAUUUUGGGUUUGAUUUGUUUUGGGUGGGGUAGACAUGUUUUUAAGGAACUUAUUGCUUAUCUUUAGAAAAUGUUCUAGUUUGGAAACAGAUUCUUGAGAUUCAGAAGGCAUUUUGGAGUACACUUAUCUCUUGUUUGUGUUGAACUGAAGGCUAAGUCUCAGUGGACAUGGAAAAGACUUUUGGGUGAUUUAUUUUUGAACCUGCAUUUCUUUCUUAUGUGUAGUGUAUGAAGAAAGACUAGAAUGUAGUUUUAAAAAAGUGUUGUUUACUCUCUUAGAACUGACAGACUUAUUGCCAGAAAUCACUGAUGUUCAUUGUUUUUGCAACUGUUUGAGCUGCUGUAAGAGUCUAAAGUUGACAAGUUAGUUCAUGUUAGGUGCAUCUUUAUAAAGCAAAGAUGUUGUAUAUCCUAGGCCUCCCUUUUAUAUUUGAUAGAAGUUAUUUGCUAAUAGCUUCUAUUCUUACGUUGAAAAUAGUUGUAAAAGCUGAUGAACCUGAAAUUGUGUAGCCUCUACAGGCUGCUGAGGUUCUAAAUAAAACCUUUUAGUGGUGCCUUUAUGGUGAAACAGAAUUUGUCACCUGCCAUUUCUACUUGGGCUAAGGUAGUAUUGUGUAUCCUCUUUCCUUCUUAGGUAUCCAUAAUCCACAAAGCAUAUUUAAAAGGCUCUUGGCACGGGCAGCAUUGGUUGAGCAGGUAGGUUUGGCUAGGGGGAAAUGUUUAACUUGUUCUGAAAGAAAAACUUAUGUCUGUAGGGUCCAAGAAACAGCUAUUCCAGAGUCAGUGUCAGCUGAGUCUGGAACAUAUGAAGUGAGGUUUACUUCUAAGAACAGAAGUGACUGCACACUAAUUUUGUCAAGGCAUCUUUUCACUACUUUGCUGUAGAUUUUUCUUCUUCAUUGGUCAGUUUGUCAUUGUCUUUGUAGUUCUCUUUAUGAUAAUCCUUUAUACUUGCUCUCAGAUUCCACAGGCCUUUGUUUAUAGAGUGGUAAAGGCAGGCGAGCUGUGGUUUAUUGUUUAUAAAUUUUUUUAUAAAUGUUAUGGUAUUCAAAGCCACUGACAUUUAAUAUUUACUGAAGCCAUUCCUUAGACAGCAGUGGUCUUUAUCCCUUUCUGGAAAGAAAAGGAAAAUGAAGGGUAAUUACUGUCACCAUGGAGAUUGUAGAGGUAAGGUUGGGGUAUAGGUCAGGCCUGGCCUUUCUUUGUCAUCUGCUUAUAGUCUACUGCUAAGUAUGCCACUAAGUUUCAGAUAUAUGGAAUACUUUAUUUUUUUAAAGGUAUAUAAACUCUGAGUUAUUGAGAAUUAAGUAUUCACUGUAUAUUAAGGGGAAGCUUUUGCCAAGUUGUGGUCUUCAAAUUUAUGUUUACUCUUCCUAUUGGCAGAAUAGGUGCUAUUUAAGAGUAAACCAAAGGAUAAGCAGAGGGAGUCCCUAUAACCAAAGAUGGACAGCAUAGCCCUGGAUAGCCAGAUAAACCACUCUUUGUAUUAAGAAAUGUUUCUUUCCUAGUGGUGAGGGGUGGGUAACUGUGAAAGAGCUUUAUAUCUUGUCUAUUCAUGGUAUUAUAGCUGUAUAUUCCCAGGAUAAUAAGCUUGAUUGAAAUCCUGUAUUUAGUCAUAUAUUAUUUGCGCUGCUUCAUUUGUAUCAUGUGCAAUCUCUAGACCAAGCCUAUUUUUAAACUCUGGUACAGCAUCAUUUUGUACAUAUUCCCAGCUGCAGAACUAGUAUCACUUAUCUCAGCAAAAGAGAUUGUUUGCAUGGAAAGAUUAAUAGCACUGAUUAGAUUUCUAAUAUUUUGCAUUUUUGAAAUGUUUGUUUUCUACGUGAUUAUAUUUAAAACUUUAGUAAAUACUAAAAUGAAA